AUGUACCGUGAUAUCGCUAGAUGGGAGAGGGAAGGGAAUCGCGCGUCCUCAAUCGAAAGGGUGCGACGAGAAGUUGCCGCUGUCGAGCGCCAGAUGAUAGAUAUGACGACUGAUCACUGGAAUAGAGUCCGUGGUGUGGACUAUCUACCUCCAACGGCUCUUGCAGUGGACGAACAGUGGCGUCUUUUGAAUAAAGACAUGGUGGGCCCCGAAAAGAAGCAAGGAGAGGCCGACAAUAACCCUUGCACAAAACCCGACUUCCCGAAAGGCUCUCUGCCGUCUCGAACACGACCGCAAGCUGGUCUAUCAUCGCCGAGCAGUCUAAGUACCGUGGACACCACUGGGCCGCCUCCUAAGCCGCGAACCAACCGAGAACUUGCUAUCACAAAUUUUCCAUAUCACGGUUUCCAUCGUGAUGACUCCGAUUUCUCAGGGCUAGAGUCCCGAUCACCGGCGACGCCGUUCGACUUGAAGAGAGAGGAAGACCCACAAAAGUCCUCACCACAAAUCUGCUCUCAGCCAACAGAGUCGGAUGGAAGUACUUCCGACCCUGAAGACGAAGAGUCCCUUCCUGAGUCCCUAUUGCUAGGCGAUCCCAUUGUCGGGGCCUUGAGAGAGCUACAUUCCAACGCCUUAUUACAAAACGUCAAUGUUAUCACGGAUUUCGUAAUGCGGGACAGCCACCAAGGGCAUAGAGCGGCUACAAACUAUAUCCAGGACGACACCUUUGAAGCUAUCCUCGAAUGCCAACAACACCUCCAGCACGCAACACACCGGCGGGUCCGACGACGCCUCGACAACCUGGAUUUAGACUCUCAAACAAGAGAGCAGGUGUCUAUCAUUGUGACGGAGGAACAGGCUAUUGCGUUUCAAGAGUAUCUUCAGCGAAGACGGCUAGAUCGGGGGCGGAGUGGGUGCAAUUCUGAGGAAAACUCCGCCUCAUCGAGUAUCGCUGAAAUGAGCCAGGACUCGGCGGAUGCUAGGCGGCGGUCAACGCCGAGCCCUGAUCCUCUAUCUCGAGGCGAACCGGCCGCCAGGAGCAGCUCGCAAGAAAACUACUGUUCCUCCACUGGCUUCGGAGUCGGGCACAGUCUUGAAUGGCAGGGUCCUCAACUUGACAUCAAUGCUACAACAGAAGCACCACUAGCAGGAUCAAGUUCCCCUUGGCAGAUUAUUGGCUCUGAGGGACAAGGACCUCCCGAUCACCAAGCUCCAGAUGACGCAGACCCACUUACCCACACGGAUUUUACUGAUUUGUUCACGGAGGACGAUCUGGCUGAUUUAGGGUUUUUUAUCUUGGAAGCGGAUAUCCAGAACGCUGCUGAGCAUAGCAACAGCUAG